GGAGGAACCGUUGCCUCUCUCUCUGCUGCUGCUGUUGCUGCUGCUGGUGACUGCCGCUGCCGUUUUGCUGCGUCCUGUUGGACUUCCUUUUCCAAUUGGGAUAGCCGCCUCCUCAGGCCCCGGUCUGUUGCUUCGGCUCGUGGAUUGACCGUCACAACGAUCAACAUUCCGUGCUACACCGCCAUCUUGUCUUCUCGGCUCGAAAGGACCGUCUUGUCCGGAGCCAACAGCGACCGAUGCUGCUGGUCGCCUCGGAACCGUAUAAAAGAAAAACCGGCCUUAUCGUCCGGUCUUUUAAUACCUAAGAGCUAGCAGCCGUCAACCACCAUCAAGUGUUGGCUCUUUGUGAGUUUGCUUUUCUGAAUUCUUUUCCACACGGUCUCGGCAGUCGAGCUCUUUGUUUCCUGCCCCCAACAUCACCGGCACCAUGUCUCUCAACGUCAAUCGCAAGGUCGAGGACCCUUUUUACCGCUACAAGAUGCCCAAACUCGAGGCCAAGGUCGAGGGCAGUGGCAACGGCAUCAAGACCGUCAUUCCCAACAUGGUCGACAUUGCCCGCGCCCUGGACCGCCCCCCAACUUAUGUCACCAAGUACUUUGGCUGUGAGCUCGGCGCUCAGGUCCAAAUGGACGACAAGACGGAGCGCUACAUCGUCAACGGCUCGCGCACCCAGGAAGACCUGCAAAACCACCUCGAUGGCUUUAUCGAGAAGUUUGUCCUGUGCUCCAUCUGCGAGAACCCUGAAACCAAGCUCAUUGUGCACCAGAAGCGCAAAGAGAUUGAGCAGCGCUGCGGUGCCUGCGGCGCUACUGGCUUUCUCAAGUUCAACCACCGCCUGAUCCAGUACAUCAUCAAUCACCCGCCUGAGGGCGUCGGCAAGGGCGGCAAGGGCAGCAAGAAGGGCGCGAAGAAGAACAAGGGUCGUGGCUCCGACUCGGACUCGCAAGGCAGCGGCAACGUCAGCCAAAAGAUUGGUACCAUUGAAGCGCCUGAUGUCAUGGCUGAUGAUGACGACGAUGACGUCGACUGGUCCGUUGACACGAGUGCCGAGGCUGUCCGCGCCCGUGAGCAAGCUCAGCUCUCGGGUGCCGUCACCAAGCUGGUCCAGGCCGAAGAUCAGGAUCUUCCCCUGCCCGAGCGCCUCGAGAUCUUCUUCAAGUUUUUGAAGGAGAAGGCGAGCGAGGACAAGUUUCCGGCCCGCGAGGUGCUGCAAAAGGCCGAGCUCCUUGAUUGCAAGGAAAAGGGUAUCAUGGCGCUCACCGAGGUUCUUCUUGAUCGCGAAGACUUGGUCAACGUCCUCAAGACCCACCAAGCUCUGCUCCAACGCUUUGCUGAUGAGAAUCCUCGUGCGCAAAAGUACCUCUUGCAUUCCAUGGAGAUUGUCAUUGAGCACCACCCCGCCUUGCUCAAGAAGGUGCCCACCAUCUUUAACGCCCUCUAUGACCUCGACAUUGUCGAGGAGGAGGGUUUCCUCAACUGGGAUGAGAAGGUGUCCAAGAAGUACGUGUCCAAGGAACUGAGCCAGCAGAUUCACGACAACGCCAAGCCUUUUAUGGAGUGGCUCAAGACGGCCGAUGACGAAGACUCGGAUGAGGACGAAGAAGUCGAGGAGGUUGAUGGUAUCGCCUUUGAUUCCACCGCCAAUGGCGUCACCGUCGAGGAGAAGAAGCCUGAGGCAGCUGCUGGUGCCGCCGAAGACGACGCCGAGGAAGAGGAAGAAGACGAUCUGGACAUUGAUGACAUCUAGGCGUUGUCAGUCUCUCUUCCAUUUGUGGCCUCUCCCGGCUCAUCUCUCUGUUCCACGCGCGCAAGCCAAACAUAACCAAAAAAAAAAAAUGAAUAAAAAAUCAAACAAGACCGACAACAUCUUUGGCAUGUGCUUCUUCGCGCGUCGUGUGUUCGCCCAGCUGCGUGGUUUCUUUGCUUGUAUGCGUUCUUUGUUCUCUUUGCUCUGGGUCGCACAUCCUGCUCAUGGGUUUGUGGUGGCCCAAGUCUUCAUCGGUCUUUGGUGCAACGGUCCGCACACGUGUCAUGACGUCGACUGAAUUGAAGCAAUUUCCGUCUGUCUC